CGCCGCUUCCCGGCGGCAUGGCGGUGUUCCACGACGAGGUGGAGAUCGAGGACUUCGAGUACGACGAGGAGACCGAGACCUACAGCUACCCGUGCCCCUGCGGGGACCGGUUCCUCAUCACGCGGGAGGACCUGGAGAACGGGGAGGACGUGGCCACCUGCCCCAGCUGCUCCCUGAUCCUGCGCGUCAUUUACGACCAGGAGCAGUUCAUGCGGGAUGAAGUCGUGGCAGAACCUUUGGCAAACAAGGAAUUGGUCAAGUGCUGAUGAAUGCAUCGUGGACUGUGCUGCUUUGGGAUGAGAAAACAUGGGGAUGGUGACUGCAGAAAGAGUUGUGGUUUUCCUUCUGGAAGUGCUUGCUGCUGUUGGAUACAAGUGCAAUAAUUGUCUGUGUUCUUAACAUGAAUGAGAGUUUGCUGGGACAUCAAACACAUGAAUGUGUUUUGUUCCAAAGGGAUAUACUUGAAAAAAAAAAAAAAGUUGCUCUAUGUAUUUCAGAAGGCUUGAGGAUUAUGAUCCUGAUUUACCACAAGUCAAUACAAAGAAGAGUGUGGAGCUGAGAAAUUAGAACAUUUAGUCUAGCAGUGGCUUCUUAGCCUGUAGAGAAAAACAGGCUUUAUGAGGGUAUACAUGAGUGUGAAAUGGCUCAGAGAGCUGAAAUAUUGGGAGGCAAGAUUUAAGAGUCCAUAGGACACAGUGCCAUACAGAAUUGAUACAGUGCAGCUUCUCCCAGGGUGUGGCAUUGUGUACUUCCAGCCCAUACUGAAUAUGGGGAGAAAACAAGAGACCCAGAGCCAACAUUUACCCAGUGUUGGUAAAUUGUCUUUACUCCUGUAAGCACAGGGAAGGUGUGCAGUUGUCUGUGUAUCUGCAGUGGGGACAGCACUUGAGUUGGGGCAGAUUUUUUUCUUAAAUUGCUUCUAAAGUUGCUUUGAAAGAACUUUGGUAGUUGUUAUCAAACGAUUCUGCCAUAAUAAUGAUACACUUUUGAGGGUGUUGUGUGAAAUGGAGUCAACCUGUUUUUACCCUUGCUACUAACGUGCAGAUGGACUGGAACUCAAAGUGGGUUGUAUUUUACCCCUAUAUUAUCAACAACUUUGUGAUUUGACUGUUUCAGUAGAUAUGAAAUGGGCUGCAGUUCUUUGUGCCAUUUGUAGUAAAUUUCUCAGCCUUUCUUUAUUAGAUUCUGUCACUUCCUGGAUAGGAGAUGGACGCACUUCACUUAAUUAAUAAAGGCAUUUUUUAGGGUAGAAAAGAGUCAUGAGAACAUACUCCACAUUGAUUCCAAGACUGCUUCUUAAAUUACAAGUUACUGCACUUGAAUAUUUACUUAAAAUUGUGGUCAUUCCUGUAUUUUAAUAGGAUUUGACAUCUGUGAAGUUAAAUUUGGGGAAAAUUACCUGUGAAGAGUUUACAUAGCUGUUUUGCUACAGGCACUAAAGAUAAGCAAGUUUUACUGGAUUCUUACAUGUAGUGAUUUUUGUUCCUACAGCAUUCCGUGAAUGUUGAAGAUGAACGUUCUAGUUAUUUUAAGAAAAGGAGAGAAAAAAGCCCUACAUCUAGUUGAAAAUUUGUAAUGCAGUAAGAACAACCCAGUGUGGUUUCCAUGCCUAAACCAGGAGGUGGCACUCGUGUUCCUUUGACAUACGUGCUUAAAAUAAAUGUUGUGGUACUUUGGUUAGCUAUGCCUUAGCAAAUACUUAUUUUGACUAUUUAAAUAAAGAUGCUUAAGAUUCCAUCAGUGGUUAUAAUGGGCCAUUACUUUGUUUCUGCACCAGCCACGAUGAUUUCCAGAGGUCUUGAGUUGCUGCUGCUGGGGUGAUGAUAGUGGAUGUUCUUUAGGCUGGUUAAUGAAAAUUGUUUCAGUCUGUCAAUAGACACUGUAAAGCAAACUUACAGGAAUGCUACCUAAGCCCCUGUUCAAAUUACUACUGCAUAAAUGCCUUCAUGAUUUUUCCACAAGUAUUCUACAUAAAAGAAAUUGUAGCAAUUUUCAAAUGCAAGAGCAGGGAAUGUAUGCUCUGAUGUAAUGCAUCAAAGUAAGUUGCCAUGUGUAUCUAAAAAUCUUUACAUCUGUAGAAGUGUAUAGAUUUUGCAGAAAUCAUUGACUAGAUUUUGUUAUAUAAUGAAGGAUGAAGGUCAGGCCCUUUCUUGAUUUAGGACAUUUGUGUAGAGGAUUAUUUGUACUCUAUCUGGUUAAGUUCCUACAUGGUUUUAAAAGUGUUAAUUGAAUUUUACUUGGCAGGUGCCAGGUAAACAUGGCAUGUAACAAGCGUUUAAUUGAUUCUUAGUAGUGUUUCCCACUCAUCUGAAAUACAGGUAAUGUUUUUUUAAAGUAAUUUUAGCAGAUUUAAUUAGUUGAUUUCAUCAGUUGGGACUGUCAUGGCUUGAAGUUUCCUACCUGGUGUGAAUAGGGUCCAAGUUAUGGAAUGCAAUUUACACACACAUUAAAAUUACUUGAUCACAUAGUGUAUGUAGCAAAGCUUUAACCAAGUGUGUUUGCAGACCUAGAGUUUUUUUAUUGGGUACCUGUCCAAAUCACGUUUGCUUUUCUGGAAGUUUUUUUACAGCAUAACAAUAGAAAGAUGUUGCUGGCUGUUAGAAAAGGAUGUGACUGCAUUUGCCCACUUAAAUUACUUUGAACUCUUCUCUCAUUGCAGGGUCUCAAGGGUCUCAAGACUCUAGUUGAUGACACCUCCAAAAAGGAGGCAAAACAAGGAUGGGUGUCAUGUUUCUGACUUUUUAUUGUCCUUUGAGGAUCUCAGAGAGAUAUUUAAAAUCUGUUGAGCUGUUCUGUUGUUUUCCCUUCUGCUCUCCAGAGAGGAAUUCUGCAGCAAGAGUUCAUCCUUCAUGAAAGCUCAGCAAUACUAAAGCCAAAAGGUUACCCACUUUUGUCUUUUGUUAACUUGUAAGAAGCUUUUGACUCCACUGAUUGCAAGUCAUCUUUUAAACUAUUCUUUCAUACUGUGUAAUUCCAGAACACCAGUCAGGGCAGUGUGAGUAACCCAUCAGAAAUGUCCCUUGUCAGGAAUUCAGUCACAAGGUUUCCUCACAGCGCCACAGGCUCAAUCCCCUCAUGCAUUACUUGUGUAUUACGUGCUCUUACAAACCAGUAGCUCACUUUUUUUCUCAAAAGGCUAUUGUGUAGGACACAAAGAAGUCUUGUUUGCUGCUUGUAUCUGACAAGCAGAUUGAUUGAUUAUGUGUUUGAUUAGGUCUGUGGGUCUGCACAGAGGAGUCCAGUGUGGUGAGAACAGCAUCACGUGAACGUUAAUGGAGCAAUUCAUACUUGGUAGAGACUAGAGAGGGUGAAACAAUUUAUGGACAGUUUUGGAUACUCAAGCUGUGAAAUUUGUCAUACUGUUGAACACCUCUGAAUUCCUGUGUAACACUGAGAACAGACAAUACACUCUGUUGCCACAA